GUAAGCGCUUUCAUCAUAAAUAAAAAUUCAUUUGCUUUGGAUGAUACUUCUGCAAAACGCCUCUUUUUCACAGCUUGGAUGGGCCGAAUGUCAGCACAGUUACGGAAGAAAAGCACCAAACGAACCGAUUUCCGUGUCAAAAUCAUGAACGAAAUUCUGCUUGGGAUUCAGGUCAUUAAAAUGUAUGCAUGGGAGAAAUCCUUCGCCGAAAUGGUCGAUAAAAUUCGAAAGAAGGAAGUGGAUGCUAUUCGGUCAUCUGCCUACAUUCGGGCGACUAUCAAUUCAUUCACAAUGAUAUCAAAAGUGUCGAUAUUUCUGAGCUUGGUCUCAUACGUUUACUUUGGCAAUGUGAUAACCGCACGAAAAGUGUUCAUUGUUUCAUCGUACUUCAAUAUUUUGAACGUUUCCAUGGUUGCCUUCUGGCCAAUUGUACUCACAUAUACUGCUGAAGCAUAUGUCUCCGUGAGGCGUAUUCAGGAGUUUCUGUUGCGGCCAGAGUCAAAGCAUGCGGAAAAAGUAUUGAAAAAGUUGAAAAACCACAAGAAUGGACAUUUGACAAAUGGUGAACUCAAAUCAAAAUCAAAUGAUUUGGAGAUGUUGGACAAAAAUCGUCACCGUACAGACCCUGGAACAAUCGCGGAGGAAGAAACAUUGAUCGCUGCCGAUACUAACAAGUUGAACGAAUCACCUUGUCGACGUGUUCAAAAUAUUGAUGAUCCAGACAAAUUCAUCCGAUUGGUGAAUGCGACGGCGGUAUGGGAGCAAAGUGAAGGCCCACAGAAGAAUGGAAUAUUCGAUAUGAACCUAGAGAUUAAGCCAGGGCUAUGUGCAGUUGUCGGACAAGUCGGUUCGAGCAAAUCGACUUUAUUGAAUCUGAUUCUGGGUGAAUUGUCGUUGGACUCGGGCUCGAUGACCAUAAACGGUACGAUAAGCUAUGCAUCGCAAGAGCCGUGGAUAUUCGAAGGCUCGGUUCGGAAUAAUAUCGUGUUUGUAGAGGACUUCGACGAGCAACGGUACAACAAGGUAGUGGAAGUGUGUGCAUUGGAACGCGAUUUCAAGCUGCUGCCCCAGGGAGACGCCACAAUUGUCGGCGAACAAGGAUCAUCGCUCAGUGGUGGACAAAAGGCGCGUGUGAACUUGGCUCGAGCUAUUUAUAAACAAUCAGAUAUUUAUCUGCUCGACGAUCCAUUGUCAGCUAUUGACACACAUGUCGGAAAACAUAUCUUCGACAAAUGCAUCAAAGGAUUUUUGUCCGAUAAAAUCUGCGUUCUCGUUACGCAUCAAUUGCAGUACUUAAGGAAUGUGCAACAUGUAGUUCUGUUGAACAAAGGCAAAGUAGAGGCACAAGGUCCCUUCCAAACACUGCAGAGAUUCAGGAAAAAAUCACUGGUUAACGCUCCUCCUCCCGAGCGUGAGGGUGGUGAAAAAGUUGUGGAAGCCUUUCCGACUCGGAUCCGCAAAAAUUUAUCCACAUUAUCAUUCUUCAGUGAGGAUGCUCUCAACGCUAUACCAGAUAAACGCAAGGAACGCCAAUCGACUGGCAACAUUAAAUUCAGUACUUACAAAACAUAUUUCAAAGCCGCCCACAGUCGUUUCAUCGUUACCACCAUUUUUACUCUAUUUAUUGUGGCGCAAUGUAUAUUGAGUGGUGCUGAUUACUUUUUGGCGAAAUGGGUUGAUUGGGAGGAAAAAGUGACGAAAGCUCCGCUCGAAACGCCAAAUAAUUCAACUGACGAGCCUUUAGCAGAGAGACGUUCGAGCAUACUUUCCGAAACGGUGGAAGAAAAACGUGAAUUGCUCCUAAUCAUUUACACUGCUAUCAUUUUGCUGAGCACAAUUUGUGUUUUAUGCCGUUCAUUCUCUUCCUUCCGAAUGUGCCUGCGCAUUUCGAUCAAUUUACACGACAUAAUUUUCCGAGGAAUUACCCGAGCCAAGAUGAGUUUCUUCAACAACAAUCCCAGUGGACGAAUUCUGAAUCGAUUCGCAAAAGAUAUUAGCAACGUUGACUCAUCGCUGCCGAGUAUUAUGAUUGAUGUUUCGGAUUGUUUUUUACAAUACGUGGCAAUUAUUGUGAUCAAUGUAAUCGUAAAUCCCUGGAUGUUGAUACCAGCUGUUGUAAUGACAAUGCUUUUCUAUUCAAUUCGUCUCGCUUAUUUGAAUACCGGUCGCAGUUUUAUGCGAAUUGAAGCAUUGAGCCGCAGUCCAAUUUUCUCGCAUGUAAAUGCAACGAUCCAAGGUUCGUCCACAGUGCGUGCUUUCAACGCGGAAAAAUUUCUAGAAAAUGAAUUCCAUGAAUUCCAAGAUUUCAACACAUCAUGUUGGUAUCUUUUCAUUGGUGCGUCGCGGUGGUUCGCUUUUUGGCUGGAUUUGGUGUGCCUUCUAUAUGUCAUCGUCGUCACUUAUAGUUUUCUGCUUUUUAGCAGUGCUGAAGACAGUGGCAAAGUGGGUUUGGCAAUAAUGAGCAGCAUCAAUCUGAUUGGACUUUGUCAAUGGGGAAUGCGUGUAAGUGCCGAGCUGGAAAAUCAAAUGACUUCCGUCGAACGAGUCGUUGAAUAUGCUGAAUUGCCUUCGGAACCGCCACUGGAAUCGAAUGAAAAGAAUGCACCACCGAAAGAUUGGCCUUACUAUGGAAACAUCGAAUUCAAGUCGCUGAGCAUGCGAUAUGCAGAGAAAGGUGCUCGAACUCUACGAAAUUUAAACUUCCGAAUCAACGCUAAGGAAAAAGUCGGUGUAGUUGGUCGAACGGGUGCUGGCAAAAGUUCGAUAAUCCAGUCUUUGUUCCGUUUGGCUCAGAACGAAGGUCAGAUUUUGAUCGAUGGCGUUGAUGUCGGUGUGAUUGGGCUGCACGAUUUGCGAAAAAAGAUUUCGAUCAUUCCGCAAGAGGCGGUUCUAUUCUCUGGAAGUCUUCGGUUCAACUUGGAUCCAUUCGCUGAGCGAAGCGACGACGAACUUUGGAACUCACUUGAGCAAGUCGAGUUGAAGUCAGAAAUUUCAUCAAUGCCCGGUGGCCUCGACUGCAAAGUACUAGACGGUGGAUCGAAUUUCAGCGCUGGUCAACGUCAACUGCUGUGUUUGGCGCGAGCCAUUCUACGAAACAACAAAAUAUUGAUUCUCGACGAGGCGACGGCUAACGUUGAUUCAGAAACCGAUAAGUUGAUCCAGAACACGAUACGAAAUAAGUUCGGUGACUGUACCGUUAUAACGAUAGCACAUCGACUGCAUACAGUCAUGGACAGCGACAAGAUACUGGUAAUGGAUGCGGGCGAAGUCGUUGAGUUUGACCAUCCAUUCGAGUUGAUUCAAGACUCAGGCGGAUUCUUCAAACGACUACUCGAUCAAACUGACAGUUCCAUGGUGACAGCGCUCACACUUGUCGCCAAGGAGAGCUACGAUCGAUGUAAUGCAAAAGAGUGAUAGACUCAAGAGGAUGGACUAAUUUCCACAGCUUAAUAGCAGUUAUGACUUCCUGAACAUCCUUGAAUAAAAAAAGUACAAUAAAAGAAAAACAACAAAA